AUGCCUGAGUUUGAUGUGGUAGGCUCAUUUGAUGGUUUGCUCUGCUUAGCUGAUGCAGUGAACAAUGUUGCACUGUACAUAUAUAAUCCAUUCACUAAGGAUUAUAUACAGCUGCCUAGGACCACCCAGUAUCCUAAUCGACAUAGACAUGUGGUAUUUGGAUUUGGGUAUAGUCCCUUGACUGAAGUAUACAAGGUAGUGAAGAUAACUUAUUACAAUGGUCAUGGAGAGUACUAUGGUUAUAGAGAUUGCCGGACUUACUACAGUAAAUUUCCCCGACUAUCCGACGUUCAGAUUUUCACAACAGGAAGACCUAUCUGGAGAAGUAUAGGCAGUGCAUCUCACUACUUGGAUGCGUCACCAGCAGAGACAUUGGUCAAUGGAAGACUUCAUUGGGCCACUUGGACCUCACGCAGACUGCGAUCUGGUGGCCAGCUCGUCUCGUUUGACCUAUAUGAUGAGCAAUUCAGAGAGGUUCCAACGCCUGAGUUUGGAAGCAGGAGGUGUAUUCAUCCUCUGGUUGUAGGAGGUUGUCUUGCUGCAGUUGGUUUGUCCAUAAUUUGGCAGUUAGAUAUAUGGGUUAUGAAGGAGUAUGGUGUGAGAGAAUCAUGGGUCAGACAAUGGAGCAUAGGAAGGCACAUUCCGCAGACACUGGAACAAAAGCUUGAUGACGAGGUUGGCAACUACCGACCCUGGACGAUAUCCCGUAUAGCAGACAAAGCAAGAGAUGUGGUUAUUCGGGUUUUGAACGUUUCGGAGAGUGGCCAUAUCUUGUUGGAGUACAAAAGUAGGGCUCUAGUUCUUUAUGACCCAACUAAUGGAAAAUUUAUAGAACUGGAAUUUGAAGGGAUGCCAAGAUGGUUUCAAACUGUUGUUCAUCAGGGCAGACUCGAUCAAGUUGAUACCAUUUUUAACAGGUGA